UCUCUGAUUCAGUCAAAUCAGUGUUUGCUUUCGUAAUGUAUCUGGAUUACAUGUCCCAUGAUGGGCACUUAAUUGCAUGCUGUAGUGGAGGUAUGACUUUCUUGUGCGCCCAAGUUUGGCUGUUUGGCUUUAAGGAUACAAAUAAUGAAAUUGGUAGGACAAGAUUUAAAAUUAUAUAAAUGUUUUUUUUAUUUUAUUUUAUUUUGAGAAACACAUAAGCUCCCGGGGUUAUUUUUUAAAGAAUUGUGGAUUCUCGAUAGGCUAAGGCUACUAUUGUUUUUUUUUCUCAAUGCAAUCGCGUUUUUUAUUCCAGUAGUAACAUACUUCGAGCAGAACAUGCUGAAAUGGGCUAGACACGUGUAGAAACUACGGUGACGUGCUUCCUUCUUUGCCAACUGACAACUUAAAACAGGUAUCAUUUCCUGCUCUCUCCGUCAAAUCUUGCGGCGGCACGCAUGAUUUGGCUGGAGAAGUGGGUCUCUGAGCCCUGAGAAGGGAGUCCAUACUUACACUGAGCUUGUUCCUUUGGCUCCGGUUUGUCUUCAGAACAGCCGCCACCGCCCCCCCCCCCAGAAUGAAUUCCACCCAGUCUCAGCUGGACAACGCCACCAUAGCCAUGUUCCAGGACAAGACGACCAGCCAGGCGAUGUCCGUGGUGUACGUGCUCAUCUUCCUCAUCAACGUCCCGGGCAACGGCGUCUCCCUGUGGCUGCUGUGGUUCCGCACCUUCCCCAAGACGCCCUCCAUCAUCUUCAUGAUCAACCUGACGCUCACCGACCUGGCGGUGGGGCUCGCCCUGCCCCUGCAGAUCAGCUACCAGCUGCGGGGCUACAACUGGCCCUACGGCUCGGGCCUGUGCAGCUUCAUGACCCUGCUCUUCUACUCCAACAUGUACUGCUCCAUCCUCACCAUGAUGGCCAUCAGCGUGGACCGCUACCUGGGCAUCGUGCGGCCCGUGCAGUUCCGCGAUCUCAAGCGGAGGAAGGAGUGCGCCGUGUUCGGGUGCCUGUUCAUGUGGGCCGUGGUGCUGGCCGCCUUGUACCCGCUGGCCAGCACCGACCUCACCUACGAGGUCAGGAGCCUCAACAUCACCACCUGCUUCGAUGUCCUGAAGAGGGACAUGCUGCCCACCAUUCAUCACUGGGCCAUCUUCCUCUUCACGCUGCUCGGCGUCCUCUUCCUCGCCCCCUUCGUCAUAACGGUGAUGUGCUACGUCAGCAUCAUCCACAAGCUGGUCCGAACCAGCAGGAGCUACCAGAAGGGCAGGGCCCUGCGCCUGGCCCUCGCCGUGCUCGCCGUCUUCGUCAUCUGCUUCACGCCCAACAACGUCCUCCUGCUGGCUCACUCCGUGCGCCGGCUGUACUUCGGUGACUCGCUGUACACGGCCUACAAGCUGUCCCUCUGCCUCAGCUGCGCCAACAGCUGUGUGGACCCCUUCAUCUACUACUUCGCCUCCAAGGAGUUUCGCCGGAAGCUGAGGCGGGUCCUGCGGCUGGAGGACGUCAGCAGCAUGGAGGGCGCCCGGACCGAGCUGAGGCGGGACAGCCUGUUCUCCGCCCGGUCCAACCAGGGCCCCCCCGAAAACGACGAGGGCGGAGCCUCCGUCGCGCUGAGGGACGAGCCCGUUCAGCAGCCUGCUUUUUGAGGGGCCUUGAGGUGACCUUUUGGGUUUGCAAGGAAAUGGAAAUUAGGUGAUUUUUUUUUUUUUUUUUUUACCAGCUGGCGUCGUCCUCAGCAAGAUGUGCCUUACGGACAUGCAGACGGACGUUACGGGCGUGAGUGCUGGCGGGUUUCGGUGUGGACAGCGCCUCUUCUCCCGUUUGGAGAAUUAUACCGAGCCAUAUUCAGUCCACAAACUACGCGUUUGGAUGGACCUGUUUGUAUAAUCCAAUCAUUAUGAUCAAUCUUGAUCAUAAUGAUUGGAUGACUGGUUCAUACAGCCAUUUCAGCUUGACAGAGGAUUACAGUAUUAUCACAUCUGGGGACAGAGGCAUUCUAGAUUCUAGUGUACUUCUACGUCAUCAGUACAAUUCCACAAAGGAUGAAUGCAUGCAAACAGGUCGGAUUUGCAUUUGUAAUGAAUUACUUGGAAACACAUGCCUCACAACGCCUAGUGACUGAAUGUCAACGAAUGGUUGUAACAGUAUUUCUAAACUGGCAGUGGGUGCGGGUAUAACUUAUUUUAAAUUCUACGGCCAUGAACCAACCUUUUUUAAUCAGGAUUCUAUUUUUGCUUUAUUCCAGUUUAUUUAACUUCUUGCCCUCAAAGGGGCAAUACUUGAACAUAACUGUAACUCCACCAUAUUUAAUGGUUACACAUAAUUAGUUUUCUUUUUCCAAUGCCUUUAAAAACCUCUGAACACAGACAGAUGCUGUUGAGCCUAUACGCUGCACCCUUGGCUAAACUUAGUAUCAUAUACGGUACCUGUAUAACCUAUACAUAUUCCUCAAUAAAAAAUGAAGCACUUAUAUUUUAACAUGUUUAAUACACAAUAAGGCUUUAAUAAUUUUAUUUUGUGCUUUUUUGCUUUAAAAUGCUUCCGUUUAUAAACCCACUGUGGAGGAAAUUAAGGAUACAGUGCUUGAGAACUCAAAGAAGGUUUAUCUUCAGUUUCAGAAUUGAAUGUCUCAUAUACACUUGCCAUAAAACCUCACUUAAAUAUUUUAUGUCAUUCUGUUGGAUUUGCACUGCUUUGUACAAGCUGGUGAUUGUGUGACGGGUGCCUCGUUUGACGAAGACUCGUUUGUGUUUUAAUAAAGCUUGAACGCAAUGAA